AUGAGCACAAACACCGAACAGCCAGCCGUUGCAGUUGAGCACGACGUAAAGCCUGUUGCCGACAAGUUGAAGAAGGACAAGAAAAAAACGACGAAGAAGGAGCACAAGGAGAAAAAAGUGACGAAGCUAGUGUACGGCGCGUCGAACUACGAGCCCGAGGAAAUCGUCCAAAAGGAAACUAGUGACGUUCAGAUGCAUAAAAAGCAGAAGAAAAGUGUCUCCUCAAAGCCGAAAAUGGGACAACCACAACCACAAGUCCCAAUACAGGAGAUCACUUUGUCACACAACAUUCUUUGUUUGUUUGACGAAGACAGUUUGGCGUCGGGAUCAUUUGUUCGAAGAUAUAUGGACGACAACGGAUUUGUGAGUGUUGUCAUCCUUUCGAAAAUGUUAGGGUUCCCACCAGAGAGCUUCCCACAAGCCGUAGAAGUGUGUAAACGAUUUAAUUCAAAAAUUACAAUGAGCGCCGACAAUACCGCUGUUGGACUCGGAGAGAACUCAAAUAACUACGCCUUGCCUUUGAGUGAACGUAUUACUCAUAUUGACGACUCACAAUCCACUCUUAUGAAGCUCCAGGCAAAGACAAAAGAAAAGAUUCUCAGGAAUGCGGGUCACCAGGAUUUCAAGAGGCAAAUAGGGUCUCAAAAAGACUAA